GCACGCCUUGUCCCGGUAUUACGGUAGCUGAGAGUCUGCGGCGCCUCUGCGUCCGAAAGAGCCGGUGUUUUACUGGAAGACGCUGCGCCGAACAGGUGUCGGAUGUUAUCCUCUCCAUUGAGACACGGACAUCAUUUCAGCUUUCCAGGUCCAACUGGGAAAAUUCUUCUCUUGGCUUUCCUUAUCCUGAGAAACAACCUCAAGUGAAUCUUAUCAACAUUUGGGGUGACUCGGUUUCCUUUGAUCCACCUUAACUCCUCAACCAAAACGUCCCUGACCACAUAAGAAGAAAUUGAGAUCCCCAUCUUUUUGCCUGGUCUUGCCAGCUGCUAUCUAGCUACAGCAUGGCAGACAGUCGACAGCCAGACGAUGGUUCCCCACAAUGGGAACCAUCAGGGGGGCAAGAACCAAGUGUUACACAUGGAGCAAACAGCUACUCUUCUACAGCCUACAGGACCUGCCAGAGUGGCGGGACUCACAUGACCACAGCUCCUUACACUGCAAGAGAGAAUGGAUUUAAUGGAGAGCUAGCUGGGGCUCCUGCUAUAACCGCAGAGCAAGUUUCGGCACGGAUUGUUCAAGAAGUAACGGCAGAGGCAGUGGCGGUGCUAAAGGGAGAACAGGAGACUCAGCGGCUGCCAUCCGUUGAGGAUACCACCAAUUUGCCUCCCUCCCCUCCCCCUUCACCUGCAGCUGAACACUUUGGUCCCCUGGAACAAGAUGUAGGGGAUGAGGAGGAGGCAGGUCCUCUCCGCCGCUUCCAAAAUUCUCGGGAGAGGUGCAAGUUCCUCGCCCCCUCCAUCUCAGUUUCCGUGCCUGAGGACGACCCCUACCACUCCGACGAGGAGUACUAUGACCACCCAUUGUUCAGCCCAGAGUGGACGCACUCAGGCGCUCGCCCCACUGGGCACGCCGUGGCCUUUAGACAGAUUGAAGAAGAGACCAUGGAGGCUCUUACAGCUGAAUACGAGGAGGAUGAGGAAGAGGUGGAAGAGGAGGAGGAGGAGAGUGCAGAAGCGGCAGUGUCCGAGGCAGCUCUUGAUGAGCAGCAGUGGAGUGGGGAAGAGCCCGAGAUGGACAGCCCCAAAGCUGAACCCUUAGAUCAGACAGAAGCCUUAGAGGUGGCACAGGAUGUAGACCUGGGGCAGUCUGAGGCAGCUUGUGCAACCACAGAAAGCUCUGUGGACAGAGACGAGGAGGAAGAGGAGGAGGAGGAUGCAGAGGGUGAGGAAAGCCAUGAGACAGCUUUGAAGAUGGAUGCAGACAAGCAAGAGAGUGAGUCCAUGAGCCCUGACAGCAUUGGAUCGGAGAAGCGCCCUGAGGAGUUUUUUGAGCCACAGAUGCAAGGGUUCUUUGCUGGUGAACGAGUUGUACCAGAAAGCCCAACCAUGGAAAUGCCAUCCUUUGUGCCUCCAGAUCUUCAAACCCAAGUAAAAGAACCAGUGAAAUCUCUCACACUUCAGCCUACAUAUGGUGAGCCAAUCACAGUGUCAGAAAAACAGCCAUCAGUGGAGGUGGUGGAAUUCAGCAGCAUCACUGCCCCUUCAGAUUUCUCUUCGAUGGGAGUUAAAGUUGAAGGAGCAGAUGCAACCAGAGAGGCCAGAGACAAGUCAGGCAUGUCAGCAUACUUUGAAACCUCAGCUAUGGAGGUUAAGGAAGGUACAGAAAGUAAGGGUGAGGAUUAUUACGAACUGAGUCGGUCUGGUGAAAAGAAAAAUGAAAAUGAUUUCAAGUCCCAAGAAGUCAGCUACAGCACACUUGUAGAAACGAAGGAUAAACCAGAAACCAAAAAGCCUCUGUCUGGAGACACUGACAUGUUUGCAAAUCCCGAUAGAAGUAAUGAAUGCAGACUUUCACCUGGUAAGCUUGCCUUAGAGCAGAGGAGUUACUCGCUUAACAUCACCAUUGGAGCAACAGAUCAGACUGGACAGGGAAGGCAAAGAAAUUUCACCCCCUUGGCCACUGACAUUAUGUCAUUUACAAGUGGAAGUCUUGAUGAGUCAGCUGACUACCUUCCAGUUUCUACACCUUCUGUAGAUAAGCCUCCAUCAUUCCCUCCACUGAUCCUGGAGACUGCAGCCUCUGUCACAUCCGAUUCCUCUUCACCUCCUAGAACUGCUGAAACACCAAUAAAAGUUAGUCCAGAGCCUGAAUCUCCUGAAUCACCAGAGCCAAAUAAAGGUUCAUUUAAAAAUGGAUCAGUAAUGACACAGGACUUACCAGAGAUGCUAGACCUUGCUGGUACUCGGUCCAGGCUGGCUUCAGAAAACACAGACCCCGAAAUCAUCCAGAAAAAGUCAUUCCAAGAUGAUUCUCCUACCUUUACUGAGAACCCUCUGGCUAAUCUGACUUCAGGGGAGCUGAGUCCUGGGGUAAGAAAAAGUGAUAGCCAGCUGGAAGAGAUGGGCUAUUGUGUGUUCAGUGAAUAUUCUGGGCCAAUGCCGUCCCCUGCAGAUGUGCUAAGUCCUACCACAACCUCUCGACAAGUCUUUACCCCUUCUGUACUAGAGGAGAAAGUGGCUGAGCAGGCGAGAAAAUUGGCAGUAAGAGACACCUCCUUGGAAGACAAGAGCCAGUCAUCUGUAGAUGCUGAUGUUCAUGAGGGGGAAGACCAAAACCAAGCAGGAGACGAAGAUUCAGUUGAGGAAAGCACGAAAUGUGAUGCAAAUGAUCUGCUGAUAAAACCUGUGAGUGUGACACCUCCUACUCACCCAAGUGAGCCCUUCGUGACACCAACUGUCACUGUGACUCUGGAGGAAGGUGAGAGGUCAGCUAGUGAGAUGGAACGUCAAGCCAGUGGUGAAGCUUCAGUGACAGAAAUUGAGAUAGCAGACUAUGAGAGACAGAUCCGCAAGCUGGAGAUGGAGGACAGACCUCUGAGUCUGGAGGAGGAGCGAGAACUGCAGGAACUAAGAGAAAAAGUGAAGCUUGUGCACCAAGAGGCCUAUGAGGAGGUCGAUGCUGAAGAUGUUUAUCAGCUUACUGGGAUGGCUAAGGACCGCAUUGCCAGACCUGUGAAAACAUCACCUACUUCAUCUGUAGAGAGCAACAUUGAUGAUGACAAACUGCUUUCCCCAGUACUCUCACCCUCAAAACUUAAGCAAAAAGAAUUGUACGGUUCACCGAAAAGAUCAGCUUCGCAUGUGUCUGGAAUAAGCAGAGAUGAAAGGCCUGAAAAAGAAACAAAAAUUAAGGAAGACCAAGAGAAAGAGGCAGCUGAGCAAAUAAAAAAACAAGAGGAUGAAAGAAAAAUCAAGGAGGAAGCAGAAUUAAAGGCAAGAGAGGAGCAAGAGAGAAGAGAGAAAGAAGAGGCAGAAAUUCAAGUGAAAGAGCUAAAAGACAGAUUGGAGAAAGAAAAGAAAGAGAAAGAGGAGAUGGAGAUUAAAGAAAGGGAGGAAAAAGUAGAAAGAGAAAAGAUGGAACAGGAGGAGAAAGAGAAGAAAGAAAGAGAACAGAGGGAAAGGGAGGAGAAAGAAAGAAUUGAAAGAGAAGAGAGGGAACGGGAGGAGAAAGAAAGAAUGGAAAGAGAAGAGAGGGAAAGGGAGGAGAAGGUGAAGAAAGAAAGAGAAGAGAGGGAAAGGGAGGAGAAAGUGAAGAAAGAAAGAGAAGAGAGGGAAAGGGAGGAGAACGAGAAGAAAGAAAGAGAAGAGAGGGAAAGGGAGGAGAAAGAAAGAAAGGAACAAGAAGAGAGGGAACGGGAGGAGAAGGAGAAGAGAGAAAAUGAAGAAAGGGAGAAAGUUAGAAAAGAAAAAGAAGAGAAGGACAGGAAAGAAAAAGAGGACAGACUGCAAAAAGAAAUUGAAGAAAAGGAAAAUAUGGAGCAAGAGGACAGAGAAAGGAAUAAAAGAAUGGAACAAGAGACGGCAGACAAUGUGUUGAAAGAGAAGAUGGAAAAGGUGGAGCGGGGAAAAAAUGAAAAUGAGGAUGAGGAAAAGGUAGUGAUGGAAUUCACUGAGGAGAGAGAGCAACUUCAAUUGUCUGAGACUGACAAAAUAGCUUCAGAUAAGAUAGUGGCAGAAGAGGGAAUGCAGCUAACAGAUAAUAAAGAUCCAUUGAAAGAGGAGAGUAAAGGAGCACAGGUGCAAAAGGAAAUACCAGAGACCCAUGCCGCCAUUGAAUCAGUGGUCAUGGUUGAAGAUGAUUUCAUCACUGUGGUACAAACAAUCGAUGAAGCCGAAGAACCAGGUCACAGCGUUCGUUUCUCAGCCCCACCUGAGGCCGAGGCCCUUUGUGUUGGUGCACAAAAAGAAGAAGAACAUGACGAAUCUGUGGAGUUGGCUCAGGAAGCAGACUUAGAAGCUCUAAGCCUUGAGGAAGUAGGAGAGGUUCCCGAAACACCUGCCUCCCCAGCACAGGAAGCUCGGACCAGAGAAACAGAGGUACCGUCUGAAAGCUAUGAUAGAGAUGAAACAACAGUAGAUGACUCCAUCCUUGACAGCUCCUGGGUUGACACACAAGACGAUGACAGGAGUAUGGCAACAGAACAGAUCGAGCUUUUACCUGAGGUACCCAGUCCAGCUAAGAAACCUGUUGUGGUCCAGAGCAAUUUGACAAAACAGCGGAGUACGGAAAAACGAGAGAAAUCUGUCAAACCCAAAAGUAAAACAGGGCGAGCCAAAGGUCGCAUCUCAACCCCUGAGCGCAAACCUGUUCGAAAAGAGCCCACCUACAUUCCCAAAGAGGAGCUCAAGAAGAAAAAAGCUAUCAUAAAGAAGACUGAGUUCAACAAAAAAGUUGAGACUCAAACUCUUUCUCCAUCCAAGCGAAGCACCAUGAAGCCCACAACCCGUCACAUACGGCCCAUCCAACAUCACUCCUGCCCAAGAAGGAGACCCACAGAAUCCCUAUCAGUAGGGCGCCAACCUCUUAGCGUUGCCAGGCAGUCCAGAGACAGAGCAUCAGAUGGAGGGUCACGGAGUCCGGUAAAAAGAUACUCUGUUCCACGGCAUGCCUCUGUCCUGGGUCGCCUUGGCUACAAUGAACACGAGGAAAGUUCUACCUCCAUUACGAGCUCCGGAUCAACUGCUCCCCGCAGACCCACAUCAUUUCGCACUGAAAUGAGAGCAGAGCAUAGGAUAGGACGAGCUCCUAGUAUGACAGUUGCAGAAUCUAUGCGUUCUCGUUCCGCACGCAGUGGCCAUUCCACCCCUCGUACCCCAGGCUCUACAGCCAUCACCCCAGGAACCCCUCCUAGCUACUCUUCAUCUUCUAGAACCCCUGGGACCCCACGCUCCCUUAGUUUGAUCUCCCAGGAGAGGAAAGUGGCAGUGGUCCGCACACCACCAAAGUCACCUGCAACCACUCCUAAGCAGCUGCGCAUCAUCAACCAGCCACUGCCCGACUUCAAGAAUGUCAAGUCAAAGAUCGGCUCAACAGAGAACAUCAAGUAUCAGCCAAAAGGAGGACAGGUCUUCAUCCCCACUGUUAAACUGGACUAUAGCCAUGUUCAGUCUAGGUGUGGGUCCUUGGACAGGCGGGGCCACUCAGCAGGAGGUGGACACAUACAAAUACAGAACAAGAAGAUUGACUUGAGCCAUGUGACCUCCAAAUGUGGUUCUCUUGACAACAUCCAUCAUCGGCCAGGAGGUGGUAAUGUGCGAAUCGAGAGUGUGAAGCUGGAUUUUAAAGACAAAGCUCAAGCCAAGGUGGGUUCACUGGAGAAUGCACAUCACAUUCCUGGUGGAGGGCACAUUAUGAUUGAGAGCCACAGGUUGACAUUUCGCGAGCAUGCAAAGGCCCGCGUUGACCACGGAGCUGAAAUCAUCGUCCAAUCCCCUGGUCUGUCAGGCUCUGUCUCUCCCCACCAACAAAAGGGGAGCCAGCUCUCAUCCUCUGGCAGUCUCAACAUACAGGAGUCUCCACAGUUAGCAACCUUGGCCAAGGAUGUCACCGACGCCCUAGCCAAACAGGGUUUGUGAACAUUAGAUCUCUGGAUUGCUGCUCUGCAUCCAAGACAUCCUCCCUUUUUCAAACUUUUCUGCCCUCAAUUGCCAUCUUAAAACAAAAUGGUCACCGCUGAUGCUCAGCAGACAGAGUUCUUAACUUCUUUAUCUCAAAAUACA